AUGAAAGCCUAUCUAAAGAGUGCAGAAGGCUUUUUUGUCUUGAAUAAAAGUACUACCAUUGGAAAACAUGAGGACUCAGACCUUGUGUUAAAGUGCACGGACCUUGACAACCAUCACGCGCUCAUCGAGUAUAACGAGGCCGAGGGCGGCUUUGUUCUCCAGGACUUCAAUUCCCGCAGCGGCACCUUCGUCAACGAGUGCCACAUUCAGAAUGUGGCCGUGAAGCUGGUGCCCGGAGACAUCCUGAGGUUCGGGUCCGGAGGGCUGACCUACGAACUGGUCAUCGAAAACCCACCCUCGGUCUCCUUCCCAUGGGUGAGGGGCCCAGCACCCUGGCCAAGGCCUCAGCCACCUCGGGCCACACAGCAGCCGAACCAGUCAUCCCCGCCACAACAGAUCCCCUUCCACCCCGGCGUCCGGCCAACACCAGUGCAGAGGAGCUGGUCCCAGGGGUUCCCCAGGCCCACCAUGGUUCCACCUGCCUCCCACCAGCGGCCCGUGAGUGCCAGCGGGAAGAUGUUCUCCUUCAUGGUGGAUGGUGCCCACAGGUCUCCCGUCAUCAAGCAAGUGUGGACCAAUGCUGUGGAAUUGUCGGCGCCAUCAGUGGCCGAGGGGAUUCCCGGGGCAGGACCCUCCCAGGAGAUUUACGUGGACCAGGACCUGGCCCAGGAGGAUAAGGAUGAAAUAAUUCUGCUGCUGGGAAGAGAAGUCAGCCGUCUCUCGGAUUUUGAACUUGAAUCCAAGUACAAAGACGCUGUGAUAGCAAACUUGCAGAACGAAGUGGUCGACCUGAGGCAGAGGCUGUCAGAGACCGCCACCUCCAGGCGGAACGAGAGGACGGUCUCGCAGAAGUUUCAGGUUCUGGAUGAAGACAUCGAUGCCAAGCAGAGAGAGAUCGAGAGCUUGAAAAGCCAGAUCAGUGCCCUACAGAAAGGCUACAGCCAGGUGCUGUGCCAGACCCUGUCAGAGAGGAACUCAGAAAUCACGUCCCUGAAGAGUGAGGGCGAGAACCUAAGGAGGGACAACGCCGUUUCAUCAGGGUUGGUGUCAUCUUUGCAAAAGGACGUGUUAGCAAAGGAUGAGCAAGUUCAACAACUAAAACAGGAGGUGAAUCAACUAAAAAGUGAGAACAAAGAAAAGAAUCACCAGCUCGAAGCCCUCAGCUCCAGAUGCUCAGUGCUGAAAGAAGAGUUAAAAAGGGAAGAUGCCCAGAAGGAGCACCGGGAUGCCCAAGAGACAGAGUUAAAACGCUGCAAAGCCCAAAUCCAAGACAUGGAGAAAGAAAUGAGGAAGCUCAGGGAGGAGUUGAAGAAGAGUUUUUCUGAGCAGAGCAUGAUCUCUAAGACGCUUCGAGAAAAGAGCAAGGUUGAAGAGAAGCUUCAGGAGGAUUCCAGAAGGAAAUUGCUUCAGCUACAAGAAAUGGGGAACAGAGAGAACCUCAUUAAAGUCAAUUUGGAAAGGGCAGUAGGUCAGCUGGAGCAUUUCAGAAGUCAGGUCAUCAAGGCCACCUAUGGACGAGCAAAGCCGUGCCAGGACAAACCCAUCACCGAUCAACAGGUAAUAGAGAAGAUUACCCAGGUCACUGAGGACAACAUCAACUUUCAGCAGAAAAAAUGGAGCCUGCAGAAGGAGACUCAGCUCAGCAACUGCAAACAGGAGGAAAUCACAGAGAACAUUGAGAAGCUGAGAACGUCUUUAGACAGCUGCCAGGCUUGCAUGAGAAUGUCUUGCUGUAGCAACGACCUGAAGAAGGAGGUCGACCUUCUUCAGGACCUGCAGGUGAGCCCGCCUGUUUCGGGUCUCCGGAAGGUCGUGCUGGACGUGCUGCGCCUGUCGCUGUCCUGGCUGGAGGAAACGGAGCGUCUCCUCCGGCACGUGGGGAUCCACCUGUCCAGCUCCGACAAAGAUCAAGAUCAGCACUUCUCAGGAAACCCAGCAGUCUUUGCUGCGAGAACAGCUGCGGGAGCAUCUAGCAGAGAAGGAGAAGCUAAAUGAGGAAAGGCUACAGCAAGAGGAGAAGCUGACAGCCAGAAUCAAGCGGCUGAUGGAAGAGAAGGGGGUAAGGGGGCUUUGGAGGAAAGCGUUACUCAAGAGAAAAACAGAGCCAAGGAAGCAUUGGAGGAAGAACAGAGGAGAGUCCGGGAGCUGGAGAACCGCUUAACCCUCCAGAAAGAGGCUUUGGAGGAAAGCGUUACUCAAGAGAAAAACAGAGUGAAGGAAGCGUUGGAGGAAGAACAGAAGAGAGUCCAAGAGCUGGAGAACCGCUUAACCCGCCAGAAGGAGGUUUUGGAGAACAGAAUGGCCCAUGAGAAAAGAAAAGCAAAGGAAGCCUUAGAGACAGAAAAGAGAAAAGUUCAAGAUCUGGAGAACCACUUAACCCAACAGAAGGAGAUCUCAGAGAGCAGCAUCGCCUACGAGAAACACAAGGCGAAGGAGGCCACAGAGCAGGAAAAGAAAAAGGUGCAAGAUCUGGAGAAGCGCGUAACCAAGCAGAAAGAGGAAAUAGAUUUAAAAGUGCAAAAAGAAGAUGUUUUAAGUAAUAAGUUAAACAACGCGCUGGCCAUGGUAGAAGAGACUCAGAAAACAAAGACGGCUGAAAGUCUAAAAGCAGAGAGCCUCACCAUGAAAUUAAAUGACACGUUAGCCGAACUGGAAACUGCCAAGACAAAAAUGAUCAUGAUGGAGGAGCGGAUACAGCUGCAACAGCAGAUGGUAAAGGCCCUCCAGGAAGAACAGGAAUCACAAAAACACGGAUUUGAGGAAGAAAUCAUGGAAUACAAGGAGCAAAUCAAACAGCACUCCCAGACGAUCGUGAGCCUCCAAGAAAGACUCCAAAAAGUGAGCGAACACCAUAAAAAAAUAGAAGGCGAGAUCGCAACUUUGAAGGACAAUGACCCAGCCCAGGAGAAGGAAACACAGCAAGACCCUCCCGCGGUGCCCCCGUUGGAAAGCAGCGCUAAAGACGCAGUCUGCGACCACUUGAUAGAGGAUUUAUUGACUGCUCAGAAGGAAAUCCUGUCUCAGCAGGAGGUCAUCAUGAACUUAAGGAAAAACCUUACAGAAGCCCACGGCCGAAUGUCAGAUUUGAGAGGGGAGCUUAACGAGAAGCAGAAGAUGCAACUGGAGCGGAACGUGGCACUGGUCCAGCAACAAAGCAGAGAGCUGAGUGUGCUCAAGGAAAAGAUGGCACAGGUGACCAGCCUGGUGGAAAAGAAGGACCGGGAGCUGGAGGUCCUCAAGGAGACGCUCAGGGCCUCCCAAGAGAAACACAAACUCCAGCUGCACAAAGAGAAGGAACAGAAGCCCGGGAAUAUGACGCAGAUGUGUGACAUCUCGGUGCAGAUAGAACCCGUCCACACCGAUAUUUCCUUGAGCAGCCAAGAGGAGCAGUCCUUCAGUGAUCUGGGGGCCAAGUGCAAAGGGUCCCGACACGAGGAAGUCAUUCAGCGUCAGAAAAAGGCCUUAUCUGAACUUCGUGCUCGAAUUAAAGAACUCGAGAAGGCCUGCUCAUCCAAUCGCAAGGACCACCUGCAUGAAUCAUUUCUAGACUUAAAGCCUCUCCGAAUGGAAAAAAAAGUCCAGAAAAUAUUGGACGUAAAACCUGAUUUGCCAACUCUCUCAAGAAUAGAGAUCCGAGCGCCUCAAAAUGGCCCUUGCAACUCAGGGUUCAUCCCGGCCAUGGAGAUGUCAGGGAAGAUGGAUGUGGCUGAGGCUUUAGAUCUCAGUGAAAAGCUGUACAUGGACAUGAGCAAAACGCUCGGGAGUCUCAUGAACAUCAGAGAUAUGUCAGGUCACGUGUCCAUGAAGUACCUCUCCCCAAAAGAGAGGGAGAGAGUCAACCAGCUUCGACAAAGGGACCUGGAUCUCGUGUUCGAUAAGAUCACGCAACUCAAGAACCGUCUAGAGAGAAAAGAAGAGCUUUUGAGAGGAUACGAAAAAGACAUUGAACAGCUCAGGCAGAGCAAAGUGUCCGUUCAGAUGUACCAGUCACAGGUGGCAAAGCUGGAGGACAACAUCUGCAAAGACGCGGAGGAGAAGGCGCUGCUGAAGGAGGCCCUGGAGCGCACAGAGCAGCGGCUGCACCAGGAGAAGAGGGCCAACAGGGCCAUCAGGCAGCAGAAGGUUGCAGCCAGAAAAGCUACCCCAAAGAUGGACCAAGAAAGAGAGACGCUGAAGAGAGAAGUAUCCAGCAAAUGCAGCCAGAACCUUCUGUUUUCCAAGCCUGGUGGAAAGAACUAGAAACGUCAUCCCACCGGGCCUUGCGUGAUCCUCCAUGAGUCAGUGUGACUCUUCUGUGUCAAAAUACUAAGAUGCUUUUAUAGGACUUUAAAGGUUGUUACCCUACUGUGUUGCUUCCUAGACUGGUAUUUUGCACAAUAUGGAUUUUAGUGUGUGGGGAGAGGGGUUCUUUUUAAAAAUACCUACGAAUGUAUAUAUACUCAGGCAUAUGAAGAAUGUAAGUUUGAAACCCAGACUCCUAGGCCUGGUGGAUACAAUUAUGUGCUUCCACAUUUGAGUCUUGGUGUACCCAAAUGUCACACCUCCAAGGAGCUCCAAGAAACCCACAGCUGAGAAACCCAGGAUGUGUACUGGGGCCACAAGACAGAAUGGUAACCUCAGGGCUCUUGGGGACAUCGUAUAGUGCAUUUAUAUCUGAGUUUAUUAUAAUAAAUUUAGAACAAUC